AUGUCUCUAACAGUCGCUGAUUUGAAGUACUUGGACUCUGCUCAAUUGUACCAGUGGAUUAAACAAAAUGCUUCAUCGUCAGGUUCAAAGUUUUUGGUGGUUGAUGUUAGAGAUUCCGAUUACGUAGGUGGACAUAUCAGAGGCGGAUUGAAUGUUCCGUCCUCAACAGUUAAGUCUCAAUUGGAACCUCUGUUCAAUCGGUUGUUGGAAAAUGAUGUCAAAGACGUAGUGUUCCAUUGCGCUUUAAGUCAGCAAAGGGCUCCUUCCUCUGCUAUGCUCUUUAUUAGAUAUCUUAACCAGCAGAACUCGGAUUUGACCAAGGGUCUUAAAAUAUGGAUCUUAAAAGGUGGUUUCGUCAAAUGGCAGGAAGCCUAUGGUGAAGAUGACUCUGUAACAGAAGCUUACGAAAAGGAUAUCUGGAGAUAUGGAUACUGA